AUGACCAACCGCAUCAACUUCGAAAAGGACAACUACAUCAUCAAAGAGCUAGGAGAAGGUUCCUACGGAAACGUAUACGCCUCCAUCCCCAAACCCCUCGCCGAUCAAAUCCUCGCAGAGCGAGCACAAUCAUCCGACCCCCUAGCAACCCAAACCGCCCUCACACAACUCCGAGCGAGCGUGGAAGCAGCGAAAAUUUCAAAAGGCGGCAUCAGCUUCGGUCGUAAACUCAAUUGUAUCGCAGAAGUUGACGUCCUCCAGACAUUAGAAGCAGGAGCCCAUCCCAAUAUUGUCCGUCUACGGACCGCGGAUCCUUCAUCUUCUCAUGGCUGGUUCACCCUCGAGCCCCUGGCGGGCAAGACCUUUCUCGAAUUUCUCCAUCAUUUCGAUGGCGCCAAUAACUCUCCUCCUACUACUACACGACCGCCACCACCACCACAGGUAAGUCUCGGCUGGCAUAUCCUCUUCCAACUCGCCGAAGCUUUUCUCGCGCUACAUUUCGGAUACAAAGGGCAAGGAUUUCUCCCUGGAAGUAGUAAAAGAAGAACUUUCGCGCAUUCGGAUCUAUCCAUGUCUAAUAUCAUGUUUCGUCCGCGAGGGAUAUAUCGGGAUUAUCCCGAUGUAGUACUUGUUGACUUGGGUAAUGUAGUAGAAUUCACGUCCGAGGACGAGGGAGGAAUCCCAUCCCCUUCUUCUUCUUCCUCAAGAAGAAUCGCAUUACAAUCCCGAGACGUCCUAGCAGCCGUACGAAUCCUAACGAGUAUAUUCAAUCGAACAGGAAAUAUCCCCCUUCGAAAUACUCUAGAAAGACAUAUCUUCUCAACGAGCACAGGGAAUGGUAAGACCUCGAAUUUCCAAACUUCAGCGGAAUACUUACAGUAUCUGAUUGAUAUGCGAGACGAAGCUUUUCGUGAACGAGAGAGACUUUAUGAACCUCUUGCUGAGGAUCUUGUUUGGUAUUUUGAGGCGGAUCAGGAGAUUGUUAGUGAUGCGUGGUUGGGGAGAUGUUUUCCUGUGCUGGCGCAGGGGAGGAGGGUGAGUCCGCGUCAGGAGGCCCUAAGGGUUAGGCGUGGGUUGGGGUUGUGA